CUCCUCUUCGGCUCUGCAGUUGUUCCUCCCUCCAGACAGAAGAACCACUCCACGGACUGAUCUCCUGUAGCUGUGACGGGUCGGACACACACCUGACAGGAGACCAGGGAUCACUUCGCUUUGAGGAGAUCUUCUCAUGAUGUUACCUCAGCACCUGAAGCAGAUUCGAGUCCUAAUGCUGAAUGACAAAGAGAACUUAGAGCGAACCUUGUUCAGGCUUGAACAAGGUUUCGAGCUGCAGUUCCGCCUCGGCCCGAGCCUUCAGGGGAGGAGGGUCAUUGUGCACACCAACUACCCACUUGAAGGGCAGCAGUUUGAUCGAAAGAGCUUUCGUGCUUUGGCGUGGAACUACCCAUCAGGACGGGAGGAUGACUCUGACAAGUACUGCUCCCUGGAGCUCAAGAUAGCAGGAUCCUACCAGUACUACUUUGGAUAUGCAGGCAUAGAGAGGUUAGGAGGAGGCUACAUCGUUGUGGACCCGGUUCUCCGUGUUGGAACAGACAACCAUGUCCUCCCAUUGGACUGCAUCACCAUCCAGACCUACCUGUCCAAAUGUCUGGGACACCUGGAUGACUGGCCGGACAGACUGGGAGUAGCCAAGGAGUCAGGAUACAACAUGAUCCACUUCACUCCUCUGCAGACUUUAGGAGAGUCCAGGUCCUGUUACUCCUUAGCUGACCAGCUGACCUUCAGCCCAGAGUUCAGUCCUGUGGGUCAGAACUACACCUGGGAAGAUGUGGGGGCGCUGGUGGAGGAACUCCGGACAGACUGGAACAUGCUGUGUAUCACAGAUGUGGUGUAUAAUCACACUGCUGCAAACAGCGUCUGGAUCCGUGAACAUCCUGAGUGUGGUUAUAAUUUGGUAAACUCCCCUCAUCUGCGCCCUGCCUGGGUCUUAGACAGAGCCAUGUGGCAUUUAACCACCAGAGUUGCAGAUGGACGCUACAAAGACAAAGGACUUCCUGCUGAUAUCACCAACGAUAGUCAUCUGAAUGCCAUCCGCACUGUGCUACGUCAGGAUGUGUUUCCUGAAGUCAAACUGUGGGAGUUCUUCCAGGUCGAUGUGAAGAAGACUGUGGAACAGUUCAGGACCCUGCUGCAGAACGGUCCCAAACCGGACCACGGCAAAACUGAAGGGGAAAAAGGCCUAAAGAUUAUCCAGGAUCCACACUAUCAUCGUUAUGGCAACACAGUGGACAUGGACUCUGCUUUGGAGACAUUUGUGCCUCACAGCUCCGCCCCUCAUCAUAUCGAAGAGUGCUGUGAUUGGCUGGAAAAGAGACUGAUGGAGCUCAACAGCGAACAGCAUCGCAUUGUUGAAGGACAUCAGGAGCAGGCCAUCAACUGUGUUGUGGGAAAUGUUGUGUAUGAGCGUCUGGCCGACCAUGGCCCCAAAUUGGGUUCUGUCACCAGGAAAGACCCUCUUGUCACCAGGUAUUUCACCUUCCCGUAUGAGGACAUGACUUUAGAGCAGGAGAUGCAGCUGCUGGACCAACCGGACAAAAUGUCCCACUUCCUGGCUCACAACGGAUGGGUAAUGGGGGACGAUCCGCUGAGAAACUUUGCAGAACCAGGGUCCAACGUGUAUAUGCGGCGGGAGCUGAUCUGCUGGGGUGACAGUGUCAAACUUCGCUAUGGAAAUGGACCUGAGGACUGCCCGUACCUGUGGGACCACAUGAAGACCUACACUGAAACCACAGCCAGAUAUUUCCACGGAGUCAGACUGGACAACUGCCAUUCUACGCCGCUGCACGUUGCAGAGUUCAUGCUAGAUGCUGGCCGGUCCAUCAGGCCCAACCUGUAUGUGAUAGCUGAGCUGUUUACCGGCAGCGAGCUCAUUGACAAUGUUUUUGUAAACCGUCUGGGGAUUAGCAGCCUUAUCAGAGAGGCCAUGUCAGCUGGUGACAGCCAUGAAGAGGGCCGCUUGGUGUAUCGUUAUGGGGGGGAGCCAGUAGGAGCCUUUGUUCAGCCCAGUCUCCGCCCCCUCAUGCCCUCCAUCGCCCACGCCAUGUUCCUUGAUGUGACCCAUGACAAUGAGUGUCCGAUUCAGGUCCGAUCAGCGCUGGACUCUCUGCCCAGUUCUGCCAUUGUCUCCAUGGCCUGCUGCGCUUCCGGCUCCACAAGAGGAUAUGAUGAACUUGUGCCACAUCAGAUCUCUGUGGUGAAGGAGGAGCGGUUUUAUCCCAAGUGGAAUCCCACUGCAGAUGCCUCCUCCACUGCUGAGGUCGGAUUCCAAAGUGGGAUCAUAGCUGGGAAGCUGGCAAUUAACAAACUCCACCAGGAGCUGGCAGCUCAGGGAUUCAUCCAGGUCUACGUGGACCAGGUUGAUGCAGAUGUUGUUGCUGUUACUCGACACUGUCCCAGUACACACCAGUCCGUGGUAACAGUGAGCAGGACGGCUUUCUUGAACCCCAAAACCCACAAAUACAACAACAGCAUUCCACCCAUGUUCAUACCUGGUAAGAUAGAGGAAGUUGUGCUGGAGGCGAGGACAGUGGAAAGGCAUGCUGGGAGUUAUCAGAGGGACGAUAAAUACAUCAACGGCAUGCCAGAAUACACAGUGGAAAUAAAGGAGCACAUCCCACUGGAGGAGAGUAUGUUGGUCAAACAUGCUGGAGUCACAUCUAAAGACCGUUCAGAGUUUGUUCAGGAAAUCAUGUUCCAGAAGCUGACACCUGGCAGCGUCAUAGCCUUCAGAGUAAGCUUGGACCCAAAAGCCCAGACUGUGGUUGGGGUGUUGAGGUAUUAUCUGUCCCAGUUCAGCCCAAAGUACAGAAGAGGCAGCGUACCAGAUGAAAACCCACCAGAAGCUCUGCAGAAACCCCUGGCACAGCUGAUGUUGAAGCUGACGUUGGCAGACAUGAACAUCCUGCUGUUUCGCUGCGAAUCAGAAGAACAGGAGGAUGGCGGAGGCUGUUACGGCAUCCCUGGCUGGGAGAGCCUCAAAUAUGCUGGACUGCAAGGUCUCAUGUCAGUGCUGGCUGACAUCCGUCCCAACAACGACCUAGGCCAUCCUCUCUGUGCUAACCUCAGAGAGGGAGACUGGCUCCUGGACUUCAUCUCCAACAGGCUGGUCCACAGAGAAGGACCUCUGGCCCAGGUGGGUCAGUGGUUGGGAGCCAUGUUUGACUACCUGAAACACAUCCCGCGUUACCUCAUCCCGUGUUACUUUGAUGCCAUCCUGAUGUCCACCUACACCACCGCUCUGGAUGCAACCUUCAAACUCAUGUCCAGUUUCAUCCAGAGGGGCUCCACUUUUGUUCGUCACCUGGCUCUGGGCUCGGUCCAGAUGUGUGGUGUUGGACGUUUCCCGGCUCUUCCGCCCAUUUCGGUAAAGCUGGAGGACGUCCUGUACCGCAUCAGUCCUAUCACAGACCAGAAGGAGCAGUGCUGCGUCUCCUUGGCUGCAGGUCUUCCUCAUUUUUCUGCGGGGAUCUUCCGAUGCUGGGGCAGAGACACUUUCAUCGCGCUCAGAGGACUGAUGCUUAUCACAGGGAGAUACUCUGAGGCUCGUAACAUCAUUCUGGCUUUUGCUGGGACUCUGCGUCAUGGUUUGAUCCCCAACCUCCUGGGAGAGGGUCGCUGUUCCAGAUACAACUGCCGGGAUGCUGUCUGGUGGUGGCUGCAGUGCAUCCAGGACUACACCAACAUUGUUCCUGAGGGCUAUCAAAUCCUUCGCUGCCCCGUCACCCGCAUGUACCCCACUGAUGACUCUGAACCCUGCAAGCCUGGAGAGGUGGAGCAGCCACUGUAUGAUGUAAUCCAGGAAGCUCUGCAGCGCCACCUGGAGGGAAUUUCCUUCAGAGAGAGGAACGCAGGACCCAAGAUUGACAUGAAAAUGAGAGAUGAAGGGUUCAGUGUGGCUGCCGGCGUUGAUCCUGCCACAGGAUUCGUGAUGGGAGGAAACCGCUUUAACUGCGGCACCUGGAUGGACAAGAUGGGAGAGAGCGACAGAGCCAGGAACAAAGGCAUGCCGGCUACUCCCAGAGAUGGAUCAGCUGUGGAGAUAGUGGGUCUCAGUAAAUCAGCUGUUCGUUGGCUUGUGGAGCUGCACACCAGAGACCUGUUCCCAUACGAUGGAGCUAAAGUCCACAGAGAUGGUAAAGAAGUGUUUAUCCAGUACUCCCAGUGGAACCAGCAGCUCCAGCAGUCCUUUGAAGCUGGAUUCUGGGUGUCUGGAGACCCUCAGGACCCCAACGAGAAACGUCCAGAUCUGGUCCAUAAGACAGGCAUCUAUAAGGACAGCUAUGGAGCCUCCAGUCCCUGGUGUGACUACCAGCUCAGACCCAACUUCACCAUCGCCAUGGUGGUGGCUCCGGAGCUGUUCAGCUUGGAGCGGGCCUGGAAGGCUUUGGAAGUGGCUGAGAAGAAGCUGCUGGGACCACUGGGAAUUAAAACUCUCGACCCUGAUGACAUGGUGUACUGCGGUGUUUACGACAACGCGCUGGACAACGACAACUACAACCUGGCUAAAGGCUUCAACUACCACCAAGGACCGGAGUGGCUGUGGCCUGUCGGAUAUUUCCUGAGAGCUAAACUCUUCUUUGCUAAGAAGCUCGGAGAGGAGACGUACACCAAGACGGUGACGCUGGUGAAGAAUGUUCUGUCACGACAUUACACUCACCUGGAGAGGUCUCCAUGGAAGGGCCUGCCAGAGCUGACCAAUGAGAACGGCCAGUAUUGUCCCUUCAGUUGUGAGACCCAGGCCUGGUCUCUGGCCACCAUACUGGAGGUCCUCUAUGAUCUUUAGGGGAGCUCUGAAAGCCUCCAUGAAGCUGUCCAUGAUUAAAAUCUAUGAUAUUUUUUUCUGGACUCUGGGAGGAAUCUGUGUCCCUACAGGACCCGGAUUAGAUGUGUCCAUAUUUCUCCAGAAUAACUGAAGCAGUGCAGAUUUGUUUCUCUGUACCAACACAUUGUUUCUGUCUUUGGUCUUUAACUUGGUAAUAAUAUAACUUGGUAACUAUGGCAACACUGCAGCCCUCUGUCAAACUACCCAGGUCUGAGUCCAUACCUGUCCAGGUGUCAGGCUGAGUUCUGGUCUUAACCGGUCUCUUACCUGCUGACAGGUAGGGUUUACAUUUGUUUAGAUGGAAUUUCCCGACUUUUAAAUCUGUCUUGCCACCAUCCACCUGAUUUAUAAACAUAAACAACCCUCCUCCACCCUGACACACACCUUUCCUGCCACACUGGUCCUCCACGUCACCACAUUUUUCCCACAAAAUGUAGUUCCUAAUGUUUUGGUGUGACUUGGUCCUGUUUGUGUCCUGAAAUUAGUGUUGUGUUAGAGUUCAGAGUAACUGCUGUGCUUCGGUCGAUCAGUCGUCGUCAUCAUGCUGUUUCACUAAUCUAGGUGCUCCGUAACAGGCUUGAUGUGAUAGAAGAGGAGGUGAACUCCUGAGAUCCUGUGAACUAAAACAUUCAUGUCAGUUUUAACCUGAUUUCACCAGCAUGUGCACCUUCUAAAUUCUUGAAUGUUUAACUUUACAUGAGAGUAUUGAAGAAAUAAUGUAAUGAAUUCUAGAUAGAAAUUGUCUCACAUCUGUCUGCGAUGUUGCUGUUUAGUUUCAGCUGUAGAAAAACAAAUGCUGAAUAAACUAAAAGCUGCUUCCUC